AUGGCAUGCUCUUCCAGAUUCUGUGCAUUCGGCAUGCUGCUGCUGCUGGGACUGAUAGCUAGAGCGAAUGCUUCCGUGCAUACCUAUAAGGGAAAUCGGUUUUUCCACACCGCGGAUGCAUUCCUGUUCCGCGGCGGGCGGGAGGGGCUCUUCUCGUCCACGCCUGAGGCGGUGGCUCACUGGACGACGAUCGGCAAGGCCGUCGCCAAUGGCAAGGCUUACGUCAGGUUUCAGCACCUCACCUUCCACCGCCCCAUCUGGGAGGCGCGCGACGCGCCGGUGGCGGGGCAGACGGGGCUGAUCGAGGCGCUGCUGUUCGAGGUGGGCGACCGCGCGCGCAUCGGGCACACGUCGCCCACGGGCACGCGCUCCUUCUGCUGCACGCCGGAGCUCGUGCGCAAGACGGGGUGCAACCCCGGCCACCUCAUCGUGCGCCCGCGCGACGACGACAGCAAGUGGCCGCGCGUGGUGGAGAUCAACUUCAUGGGCAACGACAGCGCGGUGGAGGCGGCGGCGUCGGAGAUGCACAUAACGCGGACGGGCAUGUACUACCUGUGGUUCGUCAUCUGCGACAAGAACCUGGCGGAGGUGUCGGUGACGGGCGGCACUGUGUGGAAAAACCCCUCCGGCUACCUGCCCGGCAUGAUGACGCCGUACCUCAACUUUUUCGGUGCUAUGUCCAUCGUGAGUGGGGCAGCCAUGUCCAUCGUGAGUGGGGCAGCCAUGUCCAUCGUGAGUGGGGCAGCCAUGUCCAUCGUGAGUGGGGCAGCCAUGUCCAUCGUGAGUGGGGCAGCCAUGUCCAUCGUGAGUGGGGCAGCCAUGUCCAUCGUGAGUGGGGCAGCCAUGUCCAUCGUGAGUGGGGCAGCCAUGUCCAUCGUGAGUGGGGCAGCCAUGUCCAUCGUGAGUGGGGCAGCCAUGUCCAUCGUGAGUGGGGCAGCCAUGUCCAUCGUGAGUGGGGCAGCCAUGUCCAUCGUGAGUGGGGCAGCCAUGUCCAUCGUGAGUGAGGCAGCCAUGCCCAUCGCGUACCUGCUGCUGGGCUUGCUGUGGCUGGUGCAGUACGCGCGGUUCUGGAGGGACGUGCUGCAGCUGCAGCACUGCAUAACGGCCGUGCUCUUCCUCGCCAUGACCGAGAUGGCCGCCUGGUACUUUGACUUCGUCAACUUCAACGCCACUGGCUACCGCCCCAUCGGCAUCACCGUGUGGGCGGUGAGCGUGGGCGCCGUGCGCAAGGCCGUGUCACGCGUGCUCAUCCUCGUCGUCGCCAUGGGCUUCGGUGUUGUUCGCCCCACACUCGGGGGCCUCUCAGGCAAGGUGGUGGCGCUGGGCGUGGCGUACUUGCUGGCAGCGGAGGGACUGGACGUGAUGCAGAACGUGGGCGCCAUCGACGACCUGAGCAGCGGCGAGCGCGUCAUCCUCGUGCUGCCCGUGGCCGUGCUGGACGCCGCCUUCAUCCUCUGGAUCUUCACCGCGCUCUCCAAGACGCUCUCUCAGCUGCAGGCGAAGCGCACGACGCACAAGCUGGAGCUGUACCGGCGCUUCACCAACAUGCUCGCCCUCUCCGUCCUCAUCUCCGUCGCAUGGAUCGCCUAUGAGAUCUUCUUCAAGGUGACGGAUCCGUUCAAUGAGCGGUGGCAGGCGGACUGGAUCACGGGGUGCUUCUGGCACGUGCUCACCUUCGCUCUGCUCUGCGUCAUCUGCAUCCUCUGGGCGCCCUCCCAGGCCUCCACCAGGUACGCUUAUUCCGAGGAUGCUCCAGACGAGGACGAUGAGUUGGUGGGGCUCACGAAGACGGAGACACCCCAUACCUUCACCAUGGCGUCGGAGAAGAAGGCAAGCAACCCGAUGAGGGAGAUCAAGGUGCAGAAGCUCGUGCUCAACAUUUGCGUCGGAGAGAGCGGCGAUCGCCUCACGCGCGCCGCCAAGGUGUUGGAGCAGCUGAGCGGUCAAGUGCCCGUCUUCUCCAAGGCGCGCUACACGGUGCGGUCGUUCGGCAUUCGGCGUAACGAGAAGAUCGCGUGCUACGUGACAGUGCGCGGCGAGAAGGCGCUGCAGCUUAUUGAGAGCGGCCUUAAGGUGAAGGAGUUUGAGUUGCUUCGCCGCAACUUCAGCGCCACUGGCUGCUUUGGGUUUGGAAUUCAGGAGCACAUUGACCUGGGAAUCAAGUAUGACCCGUCCACGGGCAUUUACGGAAUGGACUUCUUUGUUGUGCUCGAGCGCCCCGGCUACCGCGUGUCGCGCCGACGGCGGGCCAAGUGCCGCGUGGGUAUUCAGCACCGCGUGACCAAGGAGGAUGCGAUGAAGUGGUUCCAAGUCAAGUACGAGGGAGUUAUUCUCAACAAGGCUCAUGCUCAAAUUGGGGCAUAA